GCCCAAUUAUUUUUAAAAAGGUUAUCCCCUCAUCAGGAACCAACACCACCGACCAUCUUCCCUCAUCCUGUCCCUCGUUGCUCGCGUAGGAGCCGGACGUCCGUCCUUCCAUCGCCAACAAUGGCGUAGUCUUCUUCCGCGCGCACCUCUUCGACACGUUGUAUGCUGCAUCUGGACGCUGGAAAAAUCUCUGAUUUCCGUUGUUCCGACUCACUACUCAGCUAGACAGUUCUGAAGACAUCACUGCCACUUCACCACCAAAAACAUCUUAUUGCAGACAAGUUUGAAGAAGUUUAUUGCUCAUUUCGACUGGCUGUGAUGAUCUCCAUCUCCCGCUACUGUGCUAAUGGCUUCAAUGCAUCCAAUAAACUCAUCGUUAUGCGUUGCUCCGAAGCGUCGCCGGUUACUGUGGCCAAUGGAAAUGUAGAUCUGCGAUCUGUUGAGAGAAAUGAGAUUCGCCUUGGCUUGCCUAGCAAAGGUCGAAUGGCUGCUGAGACUCUUGAUCUUCUUAAGGACUGCCAAUUGUCAGUGAGACAAGUAAAUCCAAGGCAGUACGUUGCCACAAUUCCUCAGCUCUCAAACUUAGAAGUUUGGUAUCAACGGCCGAAAGAUAUCGUGCGGAAGUUGAUUUCUGGGGAUUUGGACCUUGGUAUUGUUGGGUUAGACACAGUUUUUGAAUACGGACAGGAGAAUGAAGAUCUUAUUAUAGUCCAUGACGCUCUUGAGUAUGGUGAUUGUCGAUUAUCUCUAGCUAUACCACAGUAUGGAAUUUUUGAGAAUGUAAACUCAUUGAAGGAGCUAACGGAAAUGCCACAUUGGACACCUGAGAGACCUUUGAGAGUAGCUACAGGAUUCACAUAUAUGGGGCCCAAGUUUAUGAAUGAAAGUGGAUUAAAACAUGUAACCUUUUCAACUGCAGAUGGAGCACUUGAGGCAGCUCCAGCAAUGGGAAUAGCUGAUGCAAUUGUGGACCUUGUGAGCAGUGGAACAACAUUGAGAGAAAACAAUCUUAAAGAGAUUGAAGGUGGAGUCAUCUUGCAAAGUCAGGCCGUCUUUAUUGCUAGCAGGAAUUCAUUGAUGCAGCGUAAGGGUGUACUAGAUAUAACACAUGAAAUGCUUGAAAGGUUGGAGGCUCAUUUACGGGCUUCGGGUCAAUUCACAGUAACGGCCAAUAUGAGGGGAAGUUCAGCACAGGAAGUAGCUGAGCGUGUGUUGAGCCGAAAUUCCUUGUCAGGUUUGCAGGGACCCACAGUAAGUCCAGUCUUUUGCAAACGAGAUGGUCAAGUAACGCCAGAUUACUAUGCAAUUGUUAUUUGUGUCCCGAAGAAAGCAUUGUAUAAGUCUGUGCAGGAGCUGAGGGCGGUGAGUUUUAUACAACACAUAAUUUUAUAAAGUUGACAAAGAUUCGUAACUUCAACUCCCUAUGCCUUAAUUAGUUGUCCUUAUAGAAAAUUAAUAAAUACAUAAACAGCCUUAUCUGCCUUCCCUUACCCCCCACCAUAGGUGGGAGCCUUUGCGGCACUGAUGAUGAUGAUGAUGAUGAUGAGCCUUAUCUGCCUUCUUUUGUAAUAUCUUGUAAUUGUUUUUCAUUAUUUAUUCUUAGGACCUAUCAGUAUUUUUCUCAAAUGUUGUACACAGUUCUUUUUAUCUCUAGAUAUGGAAUACUAAAGUUAUUUUUAAUCUCAAUGAGUAAUUUAACAUUUUAACUUAAUAUUAUUGUUUCCAGUACUCAUUUUGCAAUUUCUUGUCAUUUAAUUUUAAAGGAUUAUAGGGGUAAUGGGGAAGAAUUUUGGAAAUUAUAUACUGAUUUAAUUAUUUUGGGACAUGUUGUGGCUAAAACAUGAAAUAAUUGGGAUGUGGGGAUACGAGUCUUGUCACAUUACAAAAUAAACAUUAUGAUUUAAGACAUUGUACAUUUUCAAUUAUUAGCCAUAAUACUAAUGAUGGGCAGGGGAAUAUAUUCCUAUAUAUUUCAACAUUACAAUUUAUCUACCCAAACAAAGUGCUUGUUGCUGUUUUGGAUUUAUACACACCAGAUGACUAUUCAUUCCUUUUAUUGUGUAACACAGCAAUAGCUGAUGAAUUAUUUUAUAAUGCUUACUCAGGUUGGAGGCAGUGGUGUUCUGAUUUCCCCAUUGACCUACAUUUUCGAUGAAGAAACUCCUAGAUGGCGUAAGCUUCUAUCCAACUUGGGCCUCUAAGUGUUUCUGUUAUGUGUAUUAAUGGUUGUUGCAUCCUUCAGUGCAUGUCCCACUCAACCCGGUAACCUAUCUAUAAGAGAAAAAGAACUCCAGAAGUUGGAUUCUUUUUUUCUGGUACCCAUUUGCUGUAUUUUUUCGCAUAUUUAUUAUGUAACUGAAACUAGUUCUGUAACAUUUUCGUGGAGAAACUGUGGCUGAUGUGUUUGGAAUAUUCUCAUGUAUGCAUUAAUUUGACAAUGACUUGUUAUUUAAAUAGAAAUUAGUUCAAAUAGGACUAAAACUAUGGCAAAAAC